GUUGCUUCCCACGGUUCACCUCUGAUGGGCGGGCCGGCGGGCGCUUCCAGCAGCUUCUCAGGCCUGCGCUGCAGAAAUGCGAACGAGGACUGGAUGUCGGAGCUGUGUCCCCGGCUGUGGGAUGUGCCCCUCCACCACCUCUCCAUCCCAGGGAGCCACGACACCAUGACCUACUGCCUCAACAAGAAGUCACCCAUUUCCCAGGAGGAGUCCCGGGUGCUGCGGCUGCUCAACAAGGCAUUCCCCUGCAUCACGCGCCCCGUGGUGCUGAAAUGGUCCGUCACACAGGUGCUGGACGUCACGGAGCAGCUGGACACCGGCGUGCGUUACUUAGACCUGCGGAUCGCGCACAUGCUGGACGGCUCUGAGAAGAACCUGCACUUCGUUCACAUGGUCUACACCACGGCGCUGGUGGAGGACACGCUCACGGAGAUCUCAGAGUGGCUGGAGCAGCACCCUCAUGAGGUCGUCAUCCUGGCCUGCAGGAACUUCGAGGGGCUGACCGAGGACCUGCACGAGUACCUGAUCUCCUGCAUCAAGACCAUCUUUGGGGACAUGCUGUGUCCCCGCGGGGUGAGUGACGAGGGAGGUGGACGGCCACAGGUGUCGCCCAGGGCCCGGAGAUCCUCACCCUCCCCCUGCAUUUGCUUACGUGGUACCCUGGGUGUGGCUGCUGCCGUGACCCCGGCAGCAGGUGGAGUUUUGAACAACAGCAGAUCCCAGCCCUCCUGCAGGCCGACCUGGAGCUGGGGGUGGCUCUUGGUGAGAAUGGCUGCCCGUGAUGGCUUUAGAGAGCUGCAUACCAGAGCCGGGCGCGGCGGCUCAUGCCUACGUCUCCACCUCCUCACUGUUCCAGGAGGGCUGUUUGUGGCCGGCAUCAACCUCACUGAGAACCUGCAGUACAUCCUGGCGCACCCGUCGGAGUCCCUGGAGAAGAUGACGCUGCCCAACCUACCCCGCCUGCGGGCGUGGGUCCGGGAGCAGUGCCCGGGGCCGGGGUCCCGCUGUACCAACGUCAUCGCGGGCGACUUCGUCGGCGAGGACAGCUUCGUCAGCGACGUGAUCGCUCUCAACCAGAAGCUGCUGUGGUGCUGACGGGGACCCUUCUGAAGUCUGGGACACGGCGGCUGCAGGUUCACCCCCGACGUCCCAAGUAUAGUGCCUUACGUGUGGGUCAGCUAUUGGUGAUCGGGGGACCGGUCCUAUGCCUUCUUUUUCUUUUUGUUAAGAAAUAGAGAUGGGAUCUUGCUGUGCUGGCCAGGCUGGUCUCGAUGGUGUCUUGCUGUGCUGGCCAGGCUGGUCUCCAUGGGGUCUUGACCUCCCAGCCUCAAGUAAUCCUCCCUGCUCAGCCUCCCGAAGCGAUGGGAGGACUUAUUUCUGCAUUCUUCCUGCUGUGGUGUCCGCUGCCCUCACAGACCCCGGGAGAGACGGCCCUCCCACAAGUCACUAAUUGGUAAACACAGUAACAAGCCCCUUGGGCGCUCCCCCGUGCAAGCCAGCACCCCCCUCGGCCAGCCCCCACACACCAAGCCGGUAUUUCCUUGUGUGAGACAGACUUUUGCUCCGUCACCCAGGCUGGAGUGCGGUGAUGCAGUCAUAGCUCACUCGGCCUCAACCUCCCGGGAUCCAGUGAUCCUCUCCCGUCAGCCUCCCGCGUAGCUGGGACUACAGGUGCACACCCCCACACCCAGCAGAUGUUUGUAAUUUUGGUAGAGAUGGGGUUUCACCAUGUUGCAGAGUCUGGUUUCCAACUGCUGGGCUCCGGGGGUCCUGCUGUGUUACCUUCCAGAGUAGCUAGGACCACAGGUGUGCACCACCACGCCCAUUUGUUUUCUGUAGAGACAUGGUGUCCAGGCUGGUCUCUAACUCCUGGGCUCAGGUAAUCCUCCCAACUCAGCCUCCCAUGUAACUGCGACCUGAGGUGUCAGCCGCCACGCCCAGCUAAUUAUUUUUUUUUGUAGAGAUGGGGUCUGGCUCUGUUGCUCAGGCAGUGACAGAGUCACAGAUCUGUGUAACAUUCAACCCCUGGGCUCAAGCAAUCCCCCUGCCUCAGUUUCCCAAGUAGCUGGGACCGUAGGUGUAAACCACCAUGCCCACGUAAUUAUGAUGAUGAUUAUGUUUGA